GGAGUCUUUGGGGUCCCCGGUUGUUUGUAGCUGCGCGUGAAAUGUGUGCCUUCAGAUACAGGCAGCAUUCCUCUAGAGAUAAAACCCAGGGCCCCCAAUCCACUGAGCCCCCACCCUCUCCGCUCUCUCCACCCACCAUGCUUACUCAAGUGUGUGUCUGGCCCUGUGUGCGAGUGAGUCUGUGUUUACGGAGGAUGAGGGUCUGCGUGCCCUGAACCAGAACACUCUCGCAGGGGGCAACAGAAAAGACAGCUGUGAGUUUGAGAGAAACGGAAAACUACAGAAAGAGGCAGUGGAGGGCCAACAGGCAUGCCAGUCAAGACCGUCACUUUUGGAGCAGAUGCUGGCAACAGUUUUCUCCGGGCCGCCCGGUCUGGCAACCUGGACAAGGCCUUGGAGCACAUCAAAAAUGGCAUUGAUAUUAACACAGCCAAUCAGAAUGGGCUCAACGGGCUUCACCUUGCCUCCAAAGAGGGCCACGUCAAAAUGGUUCUGGAGCUYCUUCACAAUGGAAUCACACUGGAGACCACCACAAAGAAAGGGAACACAGCCCUGCACAUUGCGGCCCUGGCAGGGCAGGAGCAGGUGGUCACGGAGCUGGUAAACUAUGGGGCCAACGUCAACGCUCAGUCUCAGAAGGGUUUCACUCCACUCUACAUGGCUGCACAAGAAAACCAUCUAGAGGUUGUGAAGUUUCUUCUGGAGAACGGAGCCAAUCAGAGCAUUCCAACCGAGGAUGGAUUCACUCCUCUCGCUGUAGCUCUUCAGCAGGGCCACGAGAACGUUGUAGCCCUGCUCAUCAACUACGGCACCAAAGGAAAGGUCCGCCUCCCUGCUCUGCACAUUGCAGCACGAAAYGAUGACACACGCACGGCGGCAGUGCUUUUGCAGAACGACCCUAAUCCUGAUGUCCUCAGCAAGACUGGAUUCACUCCCCUCCAUAUUGCUGCACACUAUGAAAACUUGAACGUAGCUCAACUGCUGCUCAAUCGAGGAGCAAAUGUCAACUUCACCCCAAAGAAUGGCAUCACCCCGUUGCACAUCGCUUCCAGGCGGGGGAAUGUCAUCAUGGUCCGACUCCUGCUAGAUCGAGGAGCACAGAUUGAUGCCAAGACAAAGGAUGAGUUGACUCCUUUGCAUUGUGCAGCCAGAAACGGGCAUGUCAGAAUUAUAGAAAUCCUUUUGGACCACGGGGCUCCCAUCCAGGCAAAGACCAAGAACGGCCUGUCUCCAAUCCACAUGGCAGCGCAGGGGGAUCACGUGGACUGCGUCAAGCAGCUCCUGCAGUACAACGCAGAGAUUGAUGACAUCACACUGGACCACCUCACCCCUCUGCAUGUGGCAGCACACUGCGGGCAUCACCGCAUGACCAAAGUACUGCUGGACAAAGGCGCCAAACCCAACUCGAGAGCUCUGAACGGCUUUACUCCGCUGCAUAUUGCCUGUAAAAAGAACCACAUGCGUGUAAUGGACCUCCUUCUUAAACAGUCGGCAUCAUUAGAGGCUGUAACUGAAUCCGGCCUUACUCCCCUGCAUGUGGCCUCUUUUAUGGGUCACCUUAAUAUUGUGAAGAUCCUCCUGCAGAAAGGCGCUUCUCCCAGUGCUUCUAAUGUGAAAGUAGAGACUCCUCUCCAUAUGGCGUCCAGAGCGGGACACUGUGAGGUUGCGGAGUUUCUGUUGCAGAAUGCAGCACCAGUGGAUGCUAAGGCCAAGGACGACCAAACCCCUCUGCAUUGUGCUGCUCGGAUGGGUCACAAGGAGCUGGUGAAGCUUCUGCUGGAGCACAAAGCCAACCCCAACUCCACCACCACAGCUGGACACACACCUCUGCACAUCGCUGCCCGGGAAGGUCAUGUUCAAACAGUACGCAUCCUCCUGGACAUGCAGGCUCAGCAGACCAAGAUGACCAAGAAAGGUUUUACUCCCUUACAUGUGGCUUCUAAGUACGGUAAAGUGGAUGUAGCUGAGCUGUUGCUUGAGAGAGGAGCCAACCCCAAUGCAGCUGGCAAGAAUGGUCUAACUCCGCUGCACGUUGCUGUACAUCACAACAAUCUGGAUGUAGUUAACUUACUUGUUAGCAAAGGAGGGUCGCCACAUAGYGCUGCGAGGAACGGCUACACUGCCCUGCACAUUGCCUCCAAGCAGAACCAGGUGGAGGUGGCCAACAGCUUGCUGCAGUACGGCGCUUCAGCCAACGCUGAGUCUCUGCAGGGAGUCACACCGCUCCACCUGGCCUCGCAGGAAGGACGGUCUGACAUGGUCUCCCUGCUCAUCUCCAAACAGGCUAACGUCAACCUCGGCAACAAGAGUGGAUUGACACCCUUGCAUCUGGUGGCCCAAGAGGGACAUGUGGGCAUUGCUGACAUCUUAGUGAAGCAAGGAGCUUCGGUCUACGCAGCUACACGGAUGGGUUACACACCUCUGCAUGUGGCGUGUCAUUACGGCAACAUCAAGAUGGUAAAGUUUCUCCUGCAGCAUCAGGCCAAUGUCAACAGCAAAACAAGACUUGGUUACACUCCUCUGCACCAGGCGGCUCAGCAGGGACACACAGAUAUUGUGACACUGUUGCUGAAACAUGGCGCCCAGCCCAAUGAGACCACUACUCAUGGUACUUCAGCGUURGCCAUCGCCAAGAGACUGGGCUACAUCUCCGUGAUCGACGUCCUAAAACUUGUUACCGAGGAGACAGUUUCCAUGACCACCACAGAGAAACAUCGCAUGAGUUUCCCAGAAACUGUGGAUGAGAUAUUAGAUGUGUCUGAGGAUGAAGGAAUUGCACAGCUAACAUUAGGAGAGGAGCUCUUGGGGACAGAAGGGGCCAGGUACAUGAAGAUGGAUGACAUGAAAGACCAUGAUGACGAUUUCCUCUCCCCCAAGAAAUCAAUGGAGUACGAGAGAGGGCUGGGCACAGCAAAUUAUUCACCAGCCAUUCCCAGGAUUCCCCGCGUCUCACCAGAGACUGUGAACCUGAAAGAACAUGAGAUAGAUCAGCAACACACUCCACUUCCACUGCCCAAAGAGUAUGACGAGGACUCAUUAAUUCCCAGCAGCCCAGCGACUGAGACGUCUGACAAUGUCAGCCCAGUCGCCAGUCCCAUCCACACUGGGUUCCUGGUCAGUUUCAUGGUGGAUGCUCGAGGCGGUUCAAUGCGAGGCAGCAGGCAUAAUGGACUGCGUGUCAUCAUACCUCCACGGACGUGUGCGGCACCCACCCGCAUUACCUGCCGCCUGGUAAAGCCGCAGAAGCUGACCAGCCCCCCUCCACUGGUGGAGGGAGAGGGGUUGGCCAGCAGGAUUAUUUCCCUGGGUCCAGCUGGAAUGCAGUUCCUGGGACCAGUGAUUGUAGAGAUCCCCCACUUUGCAGCUCUGGGGCGGGGUGACCGGGAGCUUGUUGUGCUGAGGAGUGAGAAUGGCUCAGUCUGGAAAGAACACCGCAAUCGUUACGGUGAUGAGGUCUUAGAAACAAUCUUAAACGGGAUGGAUGAAGAACUGGAGAGUCAGGAGGAACUUGGGAAGAAGCGAAUCCGACGCAUCAUCUCUACCGACUUUCCCCUUUAUUUUGCCGUGGUGUCAAGAGUUCAACAGGAAAGUGAUCUGAUUGGUCCAGAGGGAGGUUCGCUGACAAGCAAGCUGGUGCCGAUGGUCCAGGCUACGUUUCCUGAGACAGCAGUUACCAAACGAGUCCGUCUGGGGCUGCAGGCUCAGCCAGUUCCAGACGAGCUGGUUGCAAAGCUGCUGGGUAACCAGGCAAACUUUAGUCCCGUAGUGACUGUAGAACCGCGACGGCGCAAGUUUCACCGACCCAUCGGCCUGCGAAUACCCCUGCCCCCAUCCUGGAGGGACAGUCCGCGAGACUCGGGGGAGGGCGACACCACCAGUCUGCGUCUGCUCUGCUCUGUCAUAGGUGGGACAGCCUCAGCCCAGUGGGAGGACAUCACAGGAACUACCAAGCUUAUCUAUGCCAACGACUGUGCCAGCUUCACAACCAACGUUUCUGCGCGAUUCUGGCUGGCGGACUGCCCUCGGACAGCCGAGGCCGUCUCCUUCGCCAGCCUGCUCUACAAAGAGCUGUCGGCUGUCCCCUACAUGGCCAAGUUUGUGGUGUUUGCAAAGAUGAACGAGCUGCGUGAGGGCCGUCUGCGAUGCUACUGCAUGACCGACGAUAAGAUGGAUAAGACUCUGGAACAACACGAGAACUUCACAGAGGUGGCUCGCAGUCGAGACAUAGAGGUGAUGGAGGGAAUGCCUCUUCAUCUGGAGUGUUCGGGGAAUCUAGUGCCAGUGAGGAAGGCCACACAGCAGCCGCGCUGCUUUAGUUUCCAGGCUUUCAGGGAUAACAGACUUCCUGUCUCUGUUAAGGUGAGGGACAGCACUAAAGAACCCACCGGAUUUUUAUCUUUUCUACGUAAAUCCACCAAAUAUGAGGACAGCCAACAAGUGCUCUGUAACCUCAACAUCACUAUGCCUCCAUGUAUCAAGAUGGUUGGUAGUGAAGACCGGAGGAGAACUCUGACUCCUCUAGCUUUACGAGAGAGAUACAGUGCUCUAAAUGAACCUGCUAUGGCGUCCAUGAGUGCCAUGGAAAGGACGGAGCUGAAGAUGGCUGUGAUUGCAGAACAGCUGGGACUGAGCUGGGCUGAGUUGGCACGUGAGCUUCAGCUCAGCGUGGAUGAUAUCAACAGAAUUCGUGUCGAGAAUCCAAACUCCCUCCUCGAACAGAGCUCUGCGCUGCUCAACUUGUGGGCCACUCGUGAGGGUAAAAGGGCCAAGAUGGAGAGUUUAUACACGGCCCUGAAGAACAUUGACCGUCUGGACAUCAUCAGCAUGUUGGAGGGCCAGCCCCCUCAGCCGCUGAGACAAGGCUCCCGUGAUCUAAGCAGACGCCGACACAGUGACAGAGACCACCUCUCUCCUGGUAUGACUAACGGUUAUGGGCUUGCGCAGGAAGAACUCCUCUCACCAGCCUCCAUGCAGUACAGCCUGCCCUCCCCUCUGGGUGCUGAGCCCUACUGGCAGGAAGUCUCCAGUCUGGACUGUGCACCCAUCGCCACCACAGAAGAAGACACCCUUAUGGAGAUGUCCGAUGUGCAGGUGUGGCCCUCAGGCAACAGUCCUUCUUUGGUGACAGUGGAGGACUCCUCACUGGAGUGCAGCAAUGCUGAGGACUCCGAGCRUCUGCUGGGGCUGCCUUAUGGAAGUCUGGGCCGGCCGGCCAGUCAGGCCAGCGCAGCCAGUGGAGGGGGUGGGGUGCUGAGCGGCUCCAUUGAGCUGCCGGAAGACGAUUCCGAGGUGGGCGUUGACUCUAUCAGCACCACCACACCAGCCUCCCUCGGGGGCACCAUCGCUGGGAUCAAUCUGAACGGGAUGAACAAUGGUCAGGGGUCAGAGGCGAGCUCAGAGGCGUCCGCCGUCAUGAGUAUGACAGGUGGAGAUGGAGCGGGAGGAGAAGGAGGACGAGAAGGUGGAACGGGCUCAGAGGAAGGACCUUCUCUUGUUGCAGGACAACAAAGGCUGUAUGCUCGGCUGAGUGAGUCAACUGGUCUGAGCUGUGGUCCAGARCGAAAUGGCGACAGGUCAGGUAACGGUCAAAAYGGAGGUGGUGGAGGCUCUUUUCUUUCCUACCUGCAGGAACAGACAGGGCCAGGCUGGAUCCCUGUCACUGACCCAACUCAGACUUGGGUUGGUAACCAGUCUAAGCCCAGGCAGGCCGUAGAGACCAUGAUUUCAUCGGUACGAAAUGCUGUGGAUGGAGACCAGGCCCGCAUGGCCCAGGAGGCCUUGCUUCAACCUGUGAGGGACAUGGGGCACUCUGAGAUUUUACGGGGGCACUUCAGAGGGACCCAGCCGUUUGAGAAGGGUUUGGGAUUUCCACACAGGGUGCCAGAGCUGAGAGCUUGGGAUGAUGUGCGCCUGAAGGGCCAGGGUGAUGAGAUUGAAGAUCUCCCCGGGGAACAAGUGAGCGAGGAACACUUCACAGACGAACAUGGAAACAUUGUGACGAAAAAGAUUGUGCGGAAGGUUGUGCGCAGAGGAAAGGGUUCAGGAGAGGAAGGGGUUCUGGAGAUGAGCAUGGAGGGUUCUCUGCAGGAUGCCAACGAGCUGGAGGCCGAUGCUGAGCAGUACAUGAGCUACGCCAUUCUGGGUCGGGACAGCAGCAAGCCGGAUUCUGUGGAUGUGAAGAAAGGUGCUCAGAUAGUGAAAUGUGCCAGUCUGCGGAGAGUUAAGCAGUGAGGCAGACUGAGUGCUGCGUCCCCGCAGAGUUCGCCGCAGGAUUCAACCCCUUCACCAAAACCAUCCUACAUGGACACAUGACCAGCAGCAGGUGACGGGAGUAAAGACCUCACAGAAAAAKAAAUAAAUAAAAGGUUGACAAAAUGGAAAUGAAGACCACCACCCCCAACUCCCCCAAACACACAAUGAUAAUCACAGUGGCUUUGUCGACUAUCAGCACGCACUAGAAGAAAGAAAUGUGGAUCUACUUGUAGUUUUUAUUACCUUUUUUUAUUUUAAGAAACUCUGGGGACAAGAAAAUAAAUAAAAAAAACAUACUGCUAGGCUAGAAGCAUGAUUUCAUAUAAAACUAAAACUAAACACAAACAGACAAAAAAAAGCAACCAAAAUGUGCUUCCUGUUAUCUGUAUCAGCAUGAGUGACUGCUGCAGCAUGGCCUGUCUUUAACUACAAACACUGAGGGGGAAAUGUGGGGGUGGGUGGGGAGGAAACAGGCAUGCAACGUAAGCUUUGAUUGGUCAAUCACAGACCUAUUUUCUAAACUAACCGGGAAUCUUUAGGUAACAACAUCYCUUCUUCUCCAAGCCUCCCAAUCUAGUUCUGAACCAGUGAGUCCACUAAAGCUACACUUACCACCCAAGGAUAUUGGUGUUGUACAUAAUAUUGUAUGCACUAAAAAGCUCUAUGUGACUGUGUGUUGUUUUUGUUAGAAAAAUCUCUAUGCGAUGCCACUGAUGCUGCUGAUUCAUGUACAUAAGAGAUUCUUCCCAGUUUUUUUCCUGUUCUGUUUGUUUGGUCGGAACCUAUAUAUGAAUCUAUAAUAUAUCUUGAACUCUUUGUGGAUAUGAGAACAUGCACAUGUUGUGUCGCUCUGCCUGUUUUAAACUGUUUCCUUUUUUCUUUUUUCUUUUUUUUUUUUGUUUUGUUUUGUUUUGUCAGUCUGGUUGUUUAUUUCCCCAUUCAUGGUUUGGUUUGGUUUUGACAUGGCAACACUGAAAAUGAAGGGACAGAUUAUCAUCCCACUUCUCUGGUUUUAUUGUUUUUUUUUUUUAAGUUUGGUCCAUACUGUUGUGUGUGUCCUUGUGAGGUUUGUGUCUGAACCCCUUCCCCUCUGCAGUCAGCCUCUCAGACGACAUGUAGCAGUCCUGGCCUCCUCCUCCAGCAGGGAGGGGAGAGGCGCCCAUCUUCACCCACUCCGCCACACAAGGUGCACUUACAGAUUUCUCUCUCUCUCUCUCUCUCUCUCUCUCUCUCUCUCUCUCUCUCUCUCUCUCUCUCUCUCUCUCUCUCUCUCUCUCUCUCUCUCCACCACCUGAAGAUGUCACUCGAUGAGGUAGCUGAAAACACUGGGUCAUGUAGCACCGGCUCGACUGGGCGUAAACGAUGGAAGCUGGCUGUUUUUGUUUUUUUUUUUGUUUUGUUUUUCUGUGUCGAGGUCGCGUUGAGCUCUGAUGUUUGUCGUUUUGCCGGUUCUUUGGAGCGUCAGCAAAGGCACGGCAGUUGCCAAUCACUGUGAUGAGAAACUGUAAAAACUGACCCGUUUAACUGUGAGCCUGGCCCGUCUCGAAGCACGUCUGCUUGUUUCCCUCUUUUCAUAAAAGUCUUUUUAAUUAUUA